GCGAGCUGUCAAUCGCCGCCACCAGUGGCGGGGGGUUGACAGGUCAGUGGAGGAGUUGGUAAGUGCAAUACCGUGGGAAAAGCUACCAGUCUGCGGCAGGCAGCGGAGCGGACAAUAUCUGCUGCAAGCCCCAUUAAUGUUAGAGCACACACGGGAACAAUUGAACCAAACAUGAAGAGAACUCACGAUUACAGCUCGUCGGACAGUGAAUUGGACGAAAUGAUCGAAGUCGAGAAAGAAAGCGCCGAUGAAAACGGGAACUCCAGCACAGCCACAGGCUCCAUGUCCCCCAGUACCACCUCACAGGUCCUGGCGAGGAAAAGGAGGCGCGGGAUUAUAGAAAAACGUCGACGGGAUCGUAUUAACAACAGCCUGUCUGAACUACGAAGGCUGGUGCCGAGCGCUUAUGAAAAACAAGGAUCCGCUAAGCUGGAAAAGGCGGAGAUUUUGCAGAUGACUGUUGACCACUUGAAGAUGCUGCAUGCGGCCGGUGGCAAAGGUUAUUUUGAUGCUCAUGCUCUAGCCAUGGAUUACCGCAGCCUGGGAUUUCGAGAAUGUUUGGCUGAAGUGGCUCGGUACUUGAGUAUUAUUGAAGGCCUGGAGAGCUCUGAUCCACUCCGAGUGCGCCUGGUCUCUCACCUCAACAACUAUGCAUCUCAGAGGGAAGCUGCAAGCACUGCCCCGCCAAGCAUCGGACAUUUUCCCUGGGGCAAUGGCUUCAAUCACCACCCGCAUCACCAUCUGCACCCGCUCCUGAUGCCACCGGUUGUCCACAGCAACAGCAGUACAGCCUCGACAGAGCCUCACCAUCAAAACCGGAUCGGCACCUCCUCGCACUCUGAGACGUCCCCGCAUAGGGUGCCUCCCAGUUGCAGUGUGGGUCCAGUCAUUCCUGUUGUUACCUCUUCCACAAAACUGUCCCCCCCUUUGUUCUCAAUGUCAUCACUAUCUGCAUUCCCUCUGUCUUUCCCGUUGAUUUCACCCAGUACGUUCAGUUCAGCAACUCAGACUUCAGCCAACAACAUCGGCAAGCCCUACAGACCCUGGGGGAUGGAGAUCGGUGCUUUCUAAAGACUCUUCAGAAGGAUAUCUUUUCUUCCUGAAGCCGACGGAGAUAGUGACUACUUAGUUUAAACUCAGCUGAGCUGAGCUUGUAUCAACGUAACUGCCCUGGAAUGUUAAAGAUAUUUUUUGAGUUCAUUGCAGGCAAACAGCGUACAACUUCACAACAAUUGAAGUCCAGUGAAUCCAGCUAUUUAGAUUGCCUCUUUAGCUCAUAGUGUUAUAAAUAAUAAUCAUAAUGCUCCUAUGUGAACAUUUUGAUCUGUUCAUCAUUGAAGUGUUCUACUUUAAAUUGCAAGGUUCCAGCAAUUCAUUUUACCAGAGAGAUGAGUCUAAACAAACUGUCUGAUACUGUAUGUUAAUAUUCUAGAGAUAAUUUCCGACAUCUUUGUUAUCAGCUUCCUUGAAACUUUGAGUGUAAAGUUAUUCAUUUUUUUUAAAAGAAGUCUAAUAUAAUGAAUUGGAUUAAAUUUAUUUGUCUUGUGACUUAAAUCCUAUUGUUUAUUCGCAACAAAAAAUAGUUAGUCAAGUUUUAAAAAGGAAACAACUUUUAAAUGCAGUCAGUUGGUUUAGCAACGAAAAGAAAUUUUCAUUGCAAAGGCACGCGUGCGUGUGUGUCCUGCAUGUAUGUGUGUGGACAAUGCGCCCAUGUUUGGAUGUGUGCAUGCACACCUCACGUGUGUGCACUUGUGGCUGUGUUUUUGUGUGUGUGCAUGCAUGUGUGAUCACAUUUGAGAAUUUGCUUGUGUGGAACACUGUGUUUGCAUGCAUUCAUGCAUGCUUGGGUAUGUAUGUACACAUAACUUCAGAUGAGGAUAUAUAUUUUGCUUAUUAGUUUGGUUAAAUGUUGCCUGAAAAUAUUAACUUACUACCCUUCAAGUACUUCAGACUUGGCAAUUUCUUCAAGCCAACUGGCAUCAAACCUGUAUUUAUUAUGUACGUACAUCUGCCCGUGAGAAGCUACAAGGUCAACAUUACUUGCCUUAAACACAAUAAAAAAGCUAAAAUAAGGUGGUCAAUAUGCUGGUUUCUUUAGUUAUUGAAUAAACUGCUUAAGUAAUGUAGAUUUUAAUCUUUAAGGUGAUAUUUUAUAUUUUAUGUUGCUUAAUGGAGCGAGGACAAAUCAGAUUUCCAGCGUUGUUUCUGUGGGUAGCAAGCACCGAAGUAUUUCCCUGUGCUGAAGCCACUAACUUUUGGAAGAUAAAAUAAGGUGUAGUGUUCGGUUACUGUGUUCUGGCUUGUGUUGACAAUACUAAACAGAUGAAAUAAUAAACUACAAGUGCAAU